AUGACCGAUAUAAACGGUCAACGAUCCGAUAAAGGGUCAGUUGACUCUCCUAGGAGGACAGGUAAGAUUCCUUCCAUGUCUCCCACUUUACACAACCUACUGCAGCAGAGAGAGCUGCACUUGCAAUUACAGUCACAGGGACAGUCACUGCGGCAACAACAACAGGGGCAAGUACAGUCCCAACCAAAGCCAAAAUUGGAGCAUCAUACGCAUUCAAUGGGUCCUACGCAACUACCACCUCCACCCAUUCAACCUUAUUUACCGCCUUCCAUUAUCUAUAGAAAACUUCCAAGAGAAUUCAUCAAGUGCCAGAAGAAGGACCUGAUAACCAUUGUUUCCAGAAUGCUUUCAUCGCUUAUCGAGAUCAACGACAGGCAGUCUGCACCAAAUCUCAAAUAUAUAGACCACGCAAGUCUUACCAGAUUUCACUCGAGAUCACCGCCUCAGAUAACCGUGUUUAACUAUCUUUAUCGUCUAUCACACUUCUCGUCGUUGGAGAACUCCAUCCUCAUAACGGCCGUAUAUUACAUCGAUCUACUCACCCGUUGCUAUCCUGUCUUCGCUAUUAAUUCACUUACAGUCCAUCGUUUUCUUCUCACAGCCACCACUGUCGCCUCAAAAUCUCUUUGCGACUCCUUCUGUUCCAACCAUCACUACUCAAAGGUCGGUGGUGUCAAUAUUAUGGAGUUGAACCUGUUGGAGGCCGAGUUUCUCACCAAGGUUAACUACCGAGUGGUUCCUCGCGACUUCAACUACGAUUUUAUUGGUGAAAGAAGAAGCUCUACAGGUACUUUGGAUGCAGACACAAAUAGAAAUGUUCAACAUGGUAUUACAUGUGCUGCGGAGAUCUUGGACCUAUACUAUAGACGCAUGGUUAUGCUAGUAGGAGGAAUGAGCAAGGACGUUGAAGACAACGAUCUUGACGACUCUAAUGAAAAUGGAAACCACGUCUUCAUCGGCCACGAUGAUAGUGUGGUUUUUUAUUUGGGAGAUGACGACGAACAAUACUUCCAGGAUACAGAACCAGCACCUGUACAAUACUACAGUAACGAGUACAUUGAUUCGUCUACAGACAAUGACUCCAGUCCAGUUUCUGACUCACUCUCCUCCUCCGAUAGUGCGGAGAGUUUGCAGAACCCUACUGGCCAAUCCACCGAACAUCCCGAACACGGAGACCCUAUAUGCUCUAGAAAGAGAGGAGCAGAAGAUUUCUCGCAUAGUAAACGACGAUGUGGAGCAUAA